UAUGCAACCUAGAUCAAAACAUGCACAUGUGAGAGCUGCGUGGUGAGAAACCACAUAAUUUCAACAAGACUACAUUGUCGUCGCGAAAAGGAAAGGUUUCAGCUUUUAGUAUGAACGAGGCGGGACAUUAUCCACCGCCGGACUUCGGCUGUCCUCCUCCAAACUCUAUCCAGCCCUUCCAACAUCAGCAGCAGCCACGCACUAGCAGCUUCCACCCCAGCAUGUGGAGCUGGUCCGAGACGCCUGCUGAACCCAGCUGGGGCCACAGCAGCGGCCAGGCGGGAUGGAACCACUGGGGAGCGGGAGGCCAUGGAUAUUAUGGACCUCAACCUCUUCACGGUCAAAAUUAUUCACAUGGAUGGCAUCAAGGUGGAAGACAAAACUACGGAGGCCCCAACAAUCAUGGAAAACAGAAAAAUAAGAAGGAGCCAGAGUAUUCCCACUAUUGUGACACCUGUGAUCGUGGGUUCAAAGACCAGGGGAAAUAUGAUGAACAUGUUUCACAGCAUGUCAAGUGUUCUGUGCCCGACUGCAGCUUCACGGCUCAUGAAAAAAUCGUCAACAUCCACUGGAAGAAUAACCAUGCACCAGGUGCUAAAAGAAUCAAGCUGGACACACCGGAAGAGAUUGCAAAGUGGAGAGAGGAGAGACGCAAAAACUAUCCAACUCUUGAGAAUAUAGAAAAGAAAAGAAAAGUGAUGGAGGUGCGGGAAGAGACAGGAGCUGUAUUAGACACAGCUCAGUUUGGGAAAAUGCGAGGAAGAGGAAGGGGAUGGGGUCGAGGUCGUGGCUGGGGUAACAGAGGGCACUAUGGGCGACACUACAGAGGCCCUCACCUGACAGACAACAGUGCUACAGAGAGACCUCCACCUCUGAAACAGCCAAUCAGAGAGGGGGAUCCACUGGGUGCACUGGCUAGUAGUGACCAUGAUUCUGACAGAGACGACCCGGCUGCUGAGUCGAGAACAGAUGGUGUGGUCGUGGCGCCUAAACACAUGAGCUCAGCUCUGGGAUCCUUGAUGGCCAACUAUGGCUCCAGUACAGAAAGUGAAAGUGAUGAACCAGAAGCCGUCCCCAUUCAGAGAGCCAGGGACAUCGUGCAAGAAAAUAAAGCUCUCUUGAGCACAGUACCACCAAACUCCCAGGACAGAGCGCCAUUAAGAGGCCAGGAAACCUCGACACAGGGAACAGAAACAUCCAGUGUCUCCCACUCUGACUGUGCCCGUUACAAACCUCACAACAGAGGAGGAAGAGGAGGCAGGGGAGGAAGAAGAGGACACCAAAAUACGCCGCAGACACGCCGUCCAACUCUACUUGAAAUGUUACUGGCCCCGGAUAUCCGCCAUGAGAGGAACGUCCUCCUGCAGUGCGUGCGCUACGUCGUCAGGAACAACUUCUUCGGCCUGGAAAGCGAAACUAAGCAAGAAGUGAUAAAAGACAAAGCAAUGCAGGCUGUCGCAAAUGGACAGCAAGAAAGCGAGGCUGCUGCGUCUGUGGUUGAUCAGGAGGACAAUUUAGAUGCAAGCAAGAAGACACAGAACUCUCAGGAUCUACGAUUGAGUGAUCAAGUCUGCUCAGAGCCGUCCAAGGAUCAUGUGGACUCUGCAGUGAGGACUGAGCAGAUGUCAGACGAUGCUCCCCAAAACUGCCUGGAUGUUUCAAGAGCAGAUGAAAUCUUGUCUACCUCUAAUAUUUAUGAUGAUGAAAUAUGGGAGGACACUUCUGAUGCACAUGACUGAAAAUCACUGACCUUAUUUUUUGUGGUGUUAAUACUUCCAAACUCUUUUUUUUUUUUUUUGUAAGGACUUAUUUUUUAUAUGUGAUGUUAGUUUGUCUAACAAGCUAUAAAUGGCUAUUAUUUCUGCCCUGUACUUUGUACCAAAGAAAAUUUGUUUUCUUGAUAAAUAAAUCACCAGUUGAAAUCA